CACGCUACCUAAACUGACAGGACGACGCCGAGCUGCAUUCCCACCAUUCUGUGAGGAGAGGAGGAUCCUGCUGCGCACCCAUAGCCCAGAGAGAGACGCAGGCCGAUAAAGAAGAACAAUAUACAUAAAAUACAUAUUUUUUUUAAAAAAUCUAAGUUAGGCUUUUUAUCUGCCACCAUGUCAGCCGGAGGAGAUUUGGGGAAUCCCCUGAGGAAAUUUAAACUCGUGUUUUUGGGAGAGCAAAGCGUGGGGAAAACAUCUCUCAUCACCAGAUUCAUGUAUGACAGUUUUGACAACACAUAUCAGGCAACCAUUGGAAUUGACUUCCUCUCUAAGACCAUGUACCUGGAAGACCGGACAGUAAGACUGCAGCUGUGGGACACAGCUGGACAGGAGCGUUUCAGGAGCCUCAUUCCCAGCUACAUUCGGGACUCUACAGUGGCAGUGGUUGUCUAUGACAUUACAAACGUAAAUUCGUUCCAGCAGACCUGCAAAUGGAUCGACGACGUCAGGACGGAGAGAGGAAGUGAUGUGAUCAUCAUGCUCGUGGGCAACAAGACAGAUCUGGAGGAGAAGAGGCAAAUCACGAUCGAGGAAGGAGAGCAGAGAGCCAAGGAGUUGAACGUCAUGUUCAUCGAGACCAGUGCCAAGACAGGCUCCAAUGUCAAACAGCUGUUUCGUCGAGUCGCGGCCGCCCUACCUGGGAUGGAAAGUCUGGAUGACGCAAACCCCGAAGGCAUGAUUGACAUCAAGCUGGACAAACCAGCAGAGCCCACCGUCCCGGAGGGCGGCUGUUCGUGUUAAUGCAGAGCUGUUUCUGGAUGGCUCCCCUCACACCAUAGGCUUGUUGUGUUACUUUAUACUGGCUAGCUUCCAGUUGACUUCUCUAAUUGGAUAUAGGAGCCAGACCUUGUAUCUGAUUGGACAAAUCAAAUGUUAUCUUUCAGUCUUGUUCAGUUGUAAGAUAUUGUAUACUUUGUCAAUAUGUAAGACUGGAGGAGGAGAAAAAAACAAACAAGAAAAAAAAAACAUGUUGCGUUGAAGAGGAACAACUAAAGAAGAAACAUUGUGGGAAGAAAAAGAAAAAGAAAAAAAAAUAGAGAAAAAUGGGCGACCAACAGAGUUCUUUUCGCUGUUAUGUUUUGUAUUUUUUAUAAAUAAAAAGGGAAAGCACCAAAAAUGAUGCCUAAACACGGAAGGGGAAAACGUCGGAGGGCCGGCUGUUUCUUUUGAUGGCCGAACACGUCUGAAUGUCUGCAGCACGCAUGCACGCUGAUCUGUUCUUUGACCUUUGACCUGCCCUCCAAGGUCUCUGUGCUCUGGAAGGAGCCAGAACAUCUUAGAAUGUUUUAUAGCAUCUCUCUAUAGCAUCUCAUGACAAAACAUCUCUCAUUUGAUAUUCCCCACAAGGGUCAAACAACCAGUAGGUUCACCUAACAGUAGCUGUGAAAAUGUGGCACUCUUUCUCUCUCUCUCUAUCUAUCUCUCUAUCUAUCUCACUCUUUCACACUCUCUUUUGCUCUCUCUUUCUCUUUUAUAGAACAAACUGUACUGCGGUAAGAAAAAGAUAAUAAAAAAGAGCUAAUAAUACAGACAGCUUACUGUUACAACCCCCUGUCCCACCAAAUUACCCUUCGCCGUUCCUCUUUUCCUCCCUCUGCCUCUCUCCUGUCAGUCUCCCCGUCCUCCCAUCCCGGUAAUACACAUAUAACAAUCCACUGUAAUGCACUGCACUGUAUAUAAUAAUGUAAUAUGUAUGUUGUGAACGUCCCUCUGUAGAAGUGGUCCUUGUUCACCAGUAUGAAUAAUGUAAUAAUGUUUAAUGAUUAAUAAAUUACAGAUUAAAGGGCUUCACUCUCCUAACCAUCUA